AUGUCCACUCCGGCCAGGAGGAGGCUUAUGAGGGACUUCAAGAGAUUACAGGAAGAUCCUCCUGUUGGCGUGGCGUCAGUGGUGCACCAUCUGAAAAUAAUAUUUAUGGUCUGGAAUGCAGUCAUUUUUGGACCUGAAGGAACACCAUUUGAGGAUGGAACAUUUAAACUUAUUAUAGAAUUUUCGGAAGAAUAUCCAAAUAAACCUCCAACUGUUAGAUUUGUGUCAAAAAUGUUUCAUCCAAAUGUUUAUGCUGAUGGAAGCAUAUGUUUAGAUAUCCUUCAGAACCGCUGGAGCCCAACUUAUGAUGUUUCAUCUAUUUUGACGUCCAUUCAGUCUCUUCUUGAUGAACCAAAUCCUAAUAGCCCUGCGAACAGUCAAGCUGCACAACUUUAUCAGGAAAACAAACGCGAAUAUGAAAAAAGAGUGUCUGCUAUUGUUGAGCAAAGCUGGAACGAUUCCUAA